GGCUCAUUUACACUCCUAAUUAAUUGUUUGUGAAAUUCAAUAUUUAAAAAGUUACAUACUUACACUUGAAAAAUUUGGAGGGAAUUUUUGUGCCAUACUGCCAUAGACCAUAUUCAAACAAUUUACUUAAUACUCGAUUAAAAAGUAGAGUGAAAAUUUUCCCUCCAAAAUAAAAUUAGUUGAAAAAAUAGAGGGAAAUUUCCCUCUUAUUUUACUUCAAUAGUAACUUUUUUAAUAUUUACACAAAAAGAAAAAAAAAAACAAAGAAAUAAACAAAAAACGUGACUAAAGAAGUAAAGAGUAAAGACUAGAGUCUGACUCUCGUCUCCUAAAUUCAUAGUUCUCCUAAAGAAGUAAGAAGACCUUUUGUAGAACAAAAUCAAGAACCCUAGAAAUCAACAGGCGUUUUCAGUUUUCACCCAUUCUCCAUCUUCUCUUCAGAUCUCAAUUAUCCGUCCUCACUGGAUUUGCUCAACCGCUCAAGCGUCUACUCUAUUCUUCGUCUUCUCAACUCAAGUGAGAAAUGUUAGAGUCAGAGCUUCCACAACCACAAGAGAAGGCUAUGGAUUGGAUUUUGUAUGAAGAGUCUGUGAUGACACCAGAUCCACAAGAGCCAGAAGCAGAUUUUUUUUCAUCACAAGAAGAAGCCACUCAUGUUUCACCUGAAGUUCCUGAAUCUACUACUUUUGAGAAGGAUGUGACCAUUGCGGAGCCCAAUUCUGCUGUUUUAGACAAGAGACGGAGCUUGGUUUGGAAGGAAUUCCUCAUGAUUGACAUGGUGGAAUGUACAGAUGGGAAAUCAAGGUGCAUUUGCAAACAUUGUCAAAGCUCAUCUUUCAAUGCCAACUCACGUUAUGGUACGGGCAAUAUGAAAAGGCAUCUUAGUAAAUGUACCCCAUAUCAGAAUUCCUUGAAAAACAAAGGAGGAGCCACAGGUAAAAUUUUUAACCAACAAGUGUAUAGAGAGUUGGUAGCUAAAGCCAUAAUAAAACAUGGUUAUGCUUUUUCUUGGGUUGAACAUGAUGGUAAUAGAGAUAUUCAUGCAUAUCUAAAUGCUGAUGUGAAAUUCAUUACUAGAAAGUAAACCUGGGCACGGGCCGGGGUGGCCCGCGUGCCGCCCGGCACGGCCCGACAUUCGACGCAGCCCGGCACGGCCCGAAGUCAAGCACGGCACGGCCCGAAGUUCAACGGCCGUGCCACGGGCCGUGCCACGGUCAGGGUUACGAAAUCUUGGGCACGGCCCGGCACGAGCACGGCCAUGGCCCGCCGUGCUGGCCCGUCGUGCCGGCCCGCAGGCCAACGGUAAUGUUACCGUUUUAAAGCAACGGCUAGUUGCAUAAUUAGCCAAAAAAACGGCUACUUAACGGCUAUAUUUUUCCCUAAAAAUUCUAUAAAUACCCACCUCCAUUUCAUUCCCAAAUCACAAAAUCACAAUCUCUUCUUCUUAUCUCUUAUA